AUGACUGCCGUUCAAACCCGUGACAGCCUUCACCCUCCUGACUCAUAUUGUGUGGAGUUUUUCAACGAUGCUCGCAUGCUGAACACAGCCAUGACUAGGGCUCAAUCCCAGGUUGUUGUGGUUGGAGAUGCUGCUGCGCUUUGCUACUUUGGGAAGUGCUCAAGAAUCUGGAGAAGCUACAUUCACCAUUGUAUUAGCAAGGGAAGUGCUGAACCGAAACACCUUACCAAUGACUUCAUUGAUAGCGAUAUCAAGGAAAUCUCAAGAUUCCAAAGGACAGAAUACCUGGAUGAGAGCAGCACUCAGUCAGUUAUGUUCGAUACAGAGAACAACAUUGAUGCUAUUCUCCAAGAACUACAAGAGGAGCAAAACAGGGCACACUACACACUACUGGAACGAAAGAGACUAUACGAUAGUGCCAAAGUUGAAAGAGAUGCCUUGUUGCAGUUGUUGAGAGAGCAGCCCAAUGUGUACAAGCGAGGUGAAUUGGUCAUGGAGAAACAUAAUGCAGGUUAUAUCAUUCCAUUUGACAACCCAACUAACCACAUUAUCAUCAAAGGUAGAGGUAACCUCGGCAAGUCCUUCUGUGGUGAUGAAGUGGUGGCCAAAGUAGUUCCUUGUGAGGGUAUUCCACAAGGAAAAGUGUUAGGCACCAUCAAGGCAGCCGAAUCCCGUCGUGUGUUUGCUUGUACCCUUGAAGUUGAAGAUUACCAGAAACCCAAAACGAAGACUGAAUAUCAAUUCCUCAGAAAGAUUAUGGUACCACUCAACACAAACACCACCAAAAUAUGUACCUUGGUCAGCAAGAAGAGCCACAAUUUAAUUCCAAUAUGGAAGCACAAUGAUGGAGAAUGGGAGAUUGUCAGAUAUCAACGACUUGAUGAAGAAAUCAAACGCAAUCAUGUAUUUAUGGUGGAAGUGUUUUGCUGGAAAACGAAAGCAGAAAACAAAGGAAACUAUGCCUAUCCGUUAGGGAAGGUGAUAGACAUUCUUUCCAUAGGAUCAUCUUUGGAGGAGGGCUUAAGGAUUUUGGAUGCAGAAUUUAAUGUUCAACCGUUGCCUCCCAGCCAUGUUUUAGCUGAACCAUGUACCUGGAAAGACACCCAAAAUAGUAACAGAAAGGACCUCCGAAAGUUUAUUACUUUCACUGUUGACCAAAAGAAAUCCCUAGACUUGGAUGAUGCAAUCAGUGUCAUUGACAUGGAAAGCCAUUAUGAGGUUGGAGUCCACAUAGCAGAUGUGGCAAGUUUCGUGAAUCUUGGCGGUUCGUUGGAUGAUGCUGCACAAAAACAUGGUGCAACAUUUUACAGCCCUAGAGAAGAACCCGUUUACAUGUUCCCAAAACCAGUUAGCAUCUACCACUUGAGUCUCCUGCCUGGUAUAGAUCGAAAGGUAGUUUCGUUAAUGGUAAAAGUGGACAAGGCAACACACAAAAUCACUGAAAAGAAAUUCCAGCUUUCGCAAAUCAAGUCCGAUAGAAAGUUGUCUUAUGACGAGGCAGAGGACAUCAUCAGUAAGCGGUCAGGAGAAGAGGCCAAGUUUGAUACUUUAGAAGACUGUGUUUCUGUGGCAUAUCAUUUUGCCAAAGUCCAAAGGAAGGCCAGGCUUGGCAAGGAUUGGAGCUAUAGACGAUUGGACGAUCACCAUAAGCCAGGGAAGAGGAGAUCCAGUCAGAUGAUUGAGGAGCUUAGUGUACUGUUCAACCAUUCUGUGUCUGAAUUUUUGAUCAAUGCAAAUGAAACCAUGUUCUGCACUCCACUCCGAUGUCAAGUAAGCCCUGACCCUGACAUGUUAGAAGACUUGAAAGAGCGAUACAAAGACAUCAUACCACUGUCCUUACACCUGAGGCACAACCUUGACCAUGACAUUCAACUUGACCAGGAGGCCAUGGAGAGCAAAAGCUUCUACGUGCUAACAUCAAUAUGGAAUGAGAUCCUGUCAGCUGCCAAGAAAGAGGAAGUUGACACUGACACAAUGAUUGAUCUGAUUGGUACAGACGACAUCUACCCCCAGCUCCUUCCAGUGAUAUAUGAGUUUAGGAAGUGUCUUGACGAAGCCUACGUCAUCCGUUCCAAUUCAUCCUGGGAAAAGGUUGGGCACUAUUCCUUAAAACUUGAGUCAUAUACACAAGCAUCCUCGCCCAUACGUCGCUACAUGGAUAUUAUCCUGCAAAGGCUUUUGCAUUCAGUCCUAAGCGGCACUCCGGUCCAAUAUUCUCCACAAGAGAUUGACAUUCUGUGUCAGAAGAUUGAAGACAGCUACAAGAAGGCCAAUGAGUAUGAAAAGAAGGCUGCGAUGAUAUCUUUCGCCAUCAACAUGAAGAAACAAAAUUCUCUGAAGCUAGCAUUUGUUGUUGGUGUAGCAGCAGGAGACAGUUUCCAGCUGUCAUUUCCGUUCGACAGGCACUCUUUUCCAGAGUGUUUGCCUGUUAGGUACAGAGAUUUGCAACCGAAGGAUCAACCACUGUACGAUUCAAAUGAGAACCAAAUGACUCUGACAUGGAGAAGACGAGUGUACUCAAUUGACACUGCCAAAAUUCACCAAGAGCUAAAAAAGGUGCAAAAUUCAGCUGCCUGCAUCAAGCUCCCACAAAAGACUUGGCAAGCCAUUGUUAAUGCAAUGGGCCAUGAAAAAUGGAACAUAGCAAGGUCUCUCAUACUAGAUGCCACAACAAAGCAAACAGAAAAUGUAAAGAGUCUCUCAAAACAUGCCAAGGUGGAUUUGCUUGAAGCUGGGAAUGACUCCUAUAGAACUGCACAUGGACAAGCUGAAAAAAUUGAAAUGGAGCACUAUGUUGAUCUUACCCUACAUUUGAAGCCGGGAGACACACUUCAAGUCCAAAUGACAUCUGAAGGAAAAAAAGGUUAUUGGACACCCACUGUUCAGUUGGUGUGCAUCAAACCAAUAUUUGAGGUGUGUGUAGACCAUGCCCACAGUCCUAUCACAUGCUUUUCCAAACGUGCAGACUGUCCAUCCAAAAGUGAAUAUAGCAACGCAAGAGAGUAUGUGAAGAUCUGGCGACCACUUUGUGAGAUGGAGUCUGCAGACAAUGCUGUGGAUGAAAGUGACAGCAUAAUAAUUGAGGACCUGAAGCUGAACUUGAAGCAAGGGAAAAACAGACUGAAAGGAAGUUUCGAACUUCCACUCAAAUACAUUAAAGAAUGGGCCAUUGAAUGCAACCUUAGCAAGUGCUUUCUGUGCAUCCGAAAAAGGGGAUUGAAACUGACUUCAAUCCCUGACCAAUCAGAGGAAGUAGUCGACCCUAAGAAUUACACAUGGGUGGCACAUGGUGUUACAACCAACUUUGAAGAACCAAAAAACAACCAAAAUCAAGCCAGAAAAGUGCACUUCUACAUCAACCACUUGCCAAUGGAUACCAUUCCAGAGUGUGUCUACCAGAGAAAGACAACAUACACAGUUGAGAUAAUCCCAAAGCUUCUGACAGACGUGCAAGUAUUAAAUUAGUAUGCAAAAAAAA